UGUAUCGUAUGUAGAUCUUACCCAGACACAUUUCGCGGUUUUAAAUUCUUGAGGGGUCUUGCUGGUGAGAAGCAAGUCAAGGAGGCGGUGGCAGAGCAGUUAUGGCUGACCAGUUGGUGCACGGCAUUCUACAUGUCACAAUCUAUGAAGCCGACGGGCUGGUUGAUGCAGACCGAGCAACUGGAACUCUCCCCUCCCGUUUCCAAAAGGUAUGGCAGGGCCUCGAGGACAAAAUCCACCUGGGGCAGGGCAAUAGCCGGUUGUACGCGGCGGUGGAUCUGGGCCCAACGCGAGUCGGGCGCACGCGCAUCAUCGAGCGGGAACCGGUGCACCCGGUGUGGAACGAGUCGUUCCGCAUCUACGCGGCGCACGAGGUGUCGGACGUGGUCAUCACGGUGAGGGACGACAAGGCAAUCGGCGCGACAACUAUCGGGCGCGCCAAACUGCCGGUCACGGAGCUUUUGUCGCGGCGCGCCAUCGACGACUGGUACGACCUGUUCACGGACACCGGCGAAGCCGUCAAGGGCGGCGAGGGCAAAGUGCGCUUCUGCAUUCGCUUCUACGCCGCCGUCGACGACCCGCAGUGGAGUCGCGGCAUUCGGGACCCCAGGUACGACGGCGUGCCUUACACCUUCUUCCCGCAGCGCCGAGGCUGUCGCGUCACGCUGUACCAGGAUGCGCACAUGCCCGACGGGUUCCUGGAGAAGAUCUCCCUUGCCGAUGGACGCAUCAAGCAGCCGACCCACUGCUGGGAGGACGCGUACCGCAUGAUCAUGGGCGCGCGCCACAUGAUCUACGUCGCGGGCUGGUCCGUGUACACGGAGAUCACGCUCAUCCGCGACGAGGACCGGAUGAUCGAAGGCGCCCAAGGCGUCACGCUGGGCCAAUUGCUGAAGCGCCGGGCGGACGAGGGCGUGCGAGUGAACAUUCUGGUGUGGGACGAUCGCACCUCGAACGUGCUGUAUUCGAAGGGCAAAAUGGCAACGCACGACAAUGAUACUUUUGAUUACUUCCAGAACACGAAAGUGAAUUGCAUUCUGUGCAAGCGGAGGACCGACAGGUCCGCGCUCAGUAUAACGCAGUCGCUGAAGGGAGAUACCAUGUUCACGCACCAUCAGAAGACGCUGAUCGUGGACGCGCCGCUUCCCUGGGGCCACGAGACCGGGCAGCGCCGGAUUGUCAGCAUGGUCGGAGGCCUGGAUCUGUGCAAUGGGCGCUACGACACGCCGAAUCACCCUCUGUUCAGCAGUCUGCACGAUAUUCACAAUGGUGACUUCUACCAGGGCUGUUUAAAGACGGCCAUGAUCGAGAACGGCGGCCCUCGCCAGCCCUGGCACGACAUUCACGGCCGCGUGGAGGGCGAGAUCGCCUGGGAUGUGCUGUACAACUUCGAGCAGAGAUGGAGAAAGCAGGCCGGGCGCAGUUAUCAGGAGAAGCUGGUCCCCAUCGUGCGCACCGACGACAUGGUCACGCCUUGUCCCGUGCUGGCCGAGGGGGAUCAUGACUCGUGGAAUGUUCAGCUGUUCCGGUCCAUCGACAGCGGUUCGGUGACUUUCCCUGAGUCUCCCGAUGAGGCUGCCAGAUCUGGGCUGGUGAGCGGGAAGGAUCUCGUCAUCGACCGCUCCAUCCAAGACGCGUACGUUAACGCCAUCAGGCGAGCGAGGGAUUUCAUCUACAUCGAGAACCAGUACUUCCUGGGCAGUGCAUUCGGUUGGGACGAAAGGAGUGAUGUGAAAGCGCAUCAUGUCGUUCCCAUGGAAAUCGCUCUGAAGAUUGUGAGCAAGAUCAUGGCUGGCGAGCGGUUUUCGGUCUACGUGGUCAUUCCCAUGUGGCCCGAAGGCGACCCGGAAUCCGUGACCCUUGCCGUUCAGAGUAUCCUGUUCUGGCAGCACUGUACCAUGCAGAUGAUGUAUAAACGUAUCGCUGCAGCUCUGCACGCCGUGGGAAGUGAAGAGACCCCCAAGAACUACCUGAGCUUCUUCUGUCUUGGCAACCGUGAGACCUACAAGGAAGGAGAGUUCAAGCAGGUCAACAUGCCUCUCCCAGGCUCCAACUAUCAAAAGUCUCAGGACUCCAGGCGUUUUAUGAUAUAUGUCCAUUCGAAGAUGAUGAUUGUGGAUGACGAGUAUAUCAUCGUGGGGUCUGCAAACAUUAACGAGCGAUCCAUGCACGGGUCUCGAGAUUCAGAAAUUGCCUUUGGUGCUUAUCAGCCAUUUCACAUAGCUGGAAUGCCCGACCUGCCUCAUGGAGAGGUCCAUGGGUUUAGGAUGGCCCUCUGGUAUGAGCACAUGAGAAGAAUCGACAACGUCUUCUUGCGGCCAGAAAGUCUGGAAUGUAUACAACACGUUAACGCAAUGGGUGACAAAUUUUGGAAUCAAUAUGCCCAAGAUGAACCAUGCGAUAUAGAGGGCCAUCUUCUAACCUACCCUGUCACUGUUGGUCAGAAUGGAGAGGUGACCGCUUUCCAUGAUGCCCCGUAUUUCCCUGACACUAAUGCUUUUGUUGUUGGAACUCUAAACGGCCUUACACGACUGCCUUCGACUGUGACCACAUGAGUGAAACUGCCACAAAUUCUUCCACCGUCCACAGCAGGCUCCUUGAAUCAAAGUCUGACACGGCCCAUGCCAUCAUCAUUGAUUCAUUGGACCAUGCUUACACGACUGACCAGGCUUACCUUAAAGCGGUUGGACUGUCAAGGGCCCUGGUGUACCGUGGAUGGAUGCCUUGGCUAUAGUAGGGAUUGAUCCAUUGAGAUGAUUUCAGAAGAAACACGAAGGAAACUCUAGAGCCUGAACCUCGAGAAAAGCACCCACUGGUUAGCUAUCUGCGAAACUCUAUGGGCAGUAUUUUCGAUACCGGUCAUUCAAGGCUCGGACAUUCUCGAAAUUCUUGCAGGCUGUUGCUCAUCGUCUCAUUCAUUCCUCAAGCAGAAUGGAACAUAGACCGGAGGGAAGACACAUCGGAAGUAAAGGGCGAAAGGAGGUCCGAAGGGAUUGAUUUGAGCUGGGAGGACUUCUUUUAUUAUGAGGGACGUCGCCUGCAAUACAGGCGAAUGAGACCACGUGUAUAUAUUUAAAGUGAGAAGAAAGGACAGGCGAAUGAGACCACGUGUAUAUAUGUAAAGAGAGAAGAAAGGGCGAUUGUUCCACUAACCGUUCUGCAAUUGGGUUUUUCAUUGUU